AUGCCUGGACGAUUGCUCGAAGGCACAUCUACGCCUCUUCAAGUCAUGGACGCGUCUGCGAUAAACAAGCGAGCUUCGGGACGCGUGCGCCGGCAACCUGAUCAUUUUGCUACCAACGCGUUCAGCAGCAGUGCAAAGCGCAAACGCGACGACAGUGACAAUGAUGACGAAGAACGUGGCAUGCCUGAGGACUAUGGAUCCGACGAAAAUGCAGAAGGAGACGAUGAUGAACAGGAGUCGGACGAGGAGGAAAUGCGUGAAAAGAACAGACUGGUCAAGAAGGCGAAGCGAACCGCACUUAAAAAGUCUACCCAGAAGCAGGCAAAAACCAACGGCGUAUCUCUACCCACGCGUCCAGCAAGGAGAAAGGCGCCGCGAAAAGCCAAGGCUUUUGCACUGGAAGAUGCGGACUCUGCAGGAGGCUUGUACGCCGAAGUCUUUGCCGGAAGCCAGUCCAUGGCAGAUGUCGCAGGCCAAUGGCUUCGACGCUUCGACCAGGAGGAAACACCGGCUCUCGCCGAGAUCGUGACAUUCAUCGUUAGGUGCACAGGCUGCGAAGGUGAGGUGACCGAGCACGAUAUCGAGGACCCGGACAGCAUCACGAACAAGCUCAAUGACCUACGCGACGAGUAUCAAGCUACAAACCCAACUGAUUACCCUCUGAUCGUCAAAGGCAAAGCAGCUACGACAUUUAAGCAAGGACUAGUAAGUUUCUUCGACUCGCUGAUCAAGUCCAUGGCCGUGAAAGGCACGCUAUACGACAAUCCUAUUCUGGUUGAGAACGUACAGAUGUGGGUUUCGACCAUGUCGUCGGCGCCCAACAGGUCUUUCAGGCACACGGCGACCGUCAUUGCCAUGACUAUCGUGACAGCUCUGUGCGAGGUCGGCCAGGAAAAUCUCGCAGAAGCUGCAAAGGAUCAGCAGCAAGCCGAUAAAGAACGCAAGAAGGCUCGACCGAAUCAGGGUCGGAUCAAGCAGAUGGAGCAAAAUGGCAAAGAGAGGACGCGACUUUGGGAGACUAUUGAUCCGAUGCUGAAGGAUUGGUUUGACGUGGUAUUUGUCCAUCGCUACCGCGACAUUGACCCUGCUAUUCGACGCGAGUGUGUAGCUGCCUUGGGCGAAUGGAUCAUGACUGUUCCGGAAGUCUACUACGAUGGCACUCACCUCCGCUAUCUUGGUUGGGUUCUGAGCGAUACAGCAGCUACAACACGUGCCGAAGUCUUGAAGCAGCUGCAUCGUCUGUACAAGGAUACAGAUUCGAAUGGCAUGAAGAACUUCACAGAGAAGUUCAGGCCACGGCUCGUCGAGAUUGCCACCACCGAUGCCGAACCAAACAUACGCAUCUCUGGUAUCGAGCUUCUGGACGUUCUGCGCGAGCGAGGUCUGCUUGAGCCAGAUGAUGUCGAUGCUGUGGGUAGAAUGGUGUUCGACACAGACGCCAAGAUACGCAAGACUGUGGCCACAUUCUUCUCCGAGAUCGUCAAGGAUCUCUACAAUAGUAAGAUCGACGAGCUUGGAGGCCUCGAAGCGUUGGAGGAGGUGCUCCCGGACGCAGGCAACGAUAACGACGUUCCACGCCUCGAGUGGCUCUUAUACAAGUCGAUCGCAGAGAUGUUGUCAUCGUACGACAGCGAUGAUGGCCUGCCUGCCCAAAUGGAGCGCAAUCUAGCUGACGGUCGACUUGCUCUUCACCUUAGUGCUAGCGAGUCUCGCUUCAUGUUGGCCACGGACGCUUUGUACGACAAGCUUGAAGAGAUAGGGCAUUGGCAGGAUUUGGCCGCCUAUGUUUUAGGUGACCGGACUGUCAGUGUCAAGACUACGAAGCAGUCUACACCAUCCCAGCUUAGCAAAGAAGCUUCACUCGAUGACACAGAGGUGAUGGUCUUGCUCGAAGUGAUCUGUGCAAGCGCCAGGCGCAAUCUCCUGUCCUUGGCAGAGCAAUUGAAACAGCCAAAGAGCAAGCUCACUGUACGUCAAAAGGAGCAGCUUACCAACGAGCAAGAAGAGGCUGCUCGUCAGCUCUCCGCCCUCGUACCGCAACUCUUGGAGAAGUUUGGAGAUGUGCCCAGUACUGCUGCUGCGGUCCUACGCAUUGAGAGUAUAUUGAGUCUCCCUGAUCUCAGCGCACUGCAGCAAGAUGCGACCACUUAUAGCACCCUCCUCGAUGACGUUCGCAAGCAAUUCAUGUCCCAUGGCGCUGACGAAGUCCUGGCACCUGCUAGUAAUGCUAUCCUGCAUGCGAAGUCCUAUGGCGAUUUGCAGGAGAUGACAGAAGAGAAGGUCACGGCUCUUUGGGAUGAUGUCAUCAGUAACCUUGAAGAGCUUCUUGAUCCUACGACAGUCACCGUCCGAGGCGCCUCGCAGGUUGAGGAGCUUGCGGCGCUGAGUAAUAACUUGCUUCGCAUCGUUCGCCUGGCCCAAGUUUCUGACUGCACACUACCCCUUGAGAACAGCGCCAUUGCCAAGCACAAUGACGCAAGUGGUGCAGACUACCAGGGUGCCAUAGACUAUAUUGUCGGACUUGUUCUUCGUGCUAAGCCUGACGACGGUCUGCCGGAUGCUGAUGAGGCGGUACUCGAAGACCAAGUCGCCGCUCGAGCUGCAGAUGCAGCUCUCUUCUACCUGCGCUGGAAGCUGAAGAGCAUCAUUACGGCAGUCACAUCAAGCUCAAGUAAUGGCGUGACUUUAGAAGAGCUCGAGGCUCUGGCACUGCGCCGAGACAACUUCGUUAAGAACAUUGAGUCAGCGCUGGAGACCAGGAAACCCGGCGAGGAGAUCAGUGCCGCAUUGGCUGGCUCAGUCCUGGACAUGUUCACCAACGCUGCUAUUCUACGAGACGUCAAGCCGAAGCCCGGCAUGAGCGACGACUAUACCGUCCUCGUGAUGGAUCUCUCCCCAGAGCUCCAGAAUCUGGUUAUGCGUGUCUUUGCGUCAUGCGAGAAGAACUAUGCCAAGCUUGGUGGCAAGAAGCUCGAGGAUGCUACUACCAUGCAAGACGACGACGCACUCGCCGAGGAUCCAAUGUCCGACCCCGAGUCUGAUGACGAGGACGAAGAGGAAUCUCAGACACAAGCUUCGCAACAGCGGAGAGAGGUGAAGCUACGUAACGCCCUCAUCGCAGAGCAGAUGCUUUGUGCAUUCGCCGCCAAGAUCAUCCAUGCUACCUUUGCCGGCGUCGUUGAUGAAGAUGUCGUUCGCAACCGACUCGAGCGAAACAAGAUCCGUCUUGGUGCGAACUUCAAGGAGGUGCUUGCUUAUCUGGACCUCGAUGCGAUGCGGAAGAAGGGAAAGAAGAAGGCCAAAGGCAAGGGCAAGGCUGCUCGGAAGGCUAAGCCUGAUCCAAAAAGCCAUGCUAUAGUGGCUGAUGACAACGUGUCGGACUUGGUUGAGGACUUAGAUGCUGAUGACGAUGACGCAUUGAGGCGGAGAGGACUGCUCGAUGAGGAGCUUGAGCCGGAGGAGGAGCAGGUAGUCAAUGGUGCGGGUGAGGAGGCGGAGAGUGUGCUCGGUGAUUAG